UGCUGCUGCUGCUUCUUCGCUAACAGCUGGCGGCUUAAUAAUGACGUCACAACAUCCGUUUCCAGUGGAAAUUCUUGGGUACACACGCCACGACUUAGUCUCAGUUGUCAAUGUGGCGCGCAAUUACGCGUAUACCAAAAACACUUGAGUCACUUGGCCAAGGUGUCGCAGUGCUACCUCAGCAGUUCCAACAUUCCCAACUGUACAACAAACACAACAACAUCCGCAGUAUAACCAAUUACCCCAGCUUACACAACGAAGCGUCUCUCAUAAAACCGAAAUACAGAAUGUCAAGUGUGAAGCCAAAGGUUGUUUUUGUAUUAGGCGGCCCCGGUGCUGGCAAGGGCACGCAAUGCUCGAAAAUUGUCGAACGCUUUCAUUUCGAACAUUUGUCCGCUGGCGAUUUGUUGCGUGAGGAACGAUCACGCGAGGGCUCCGAAUAUGGCCAGCUAAUCGAGGAUUACAUACGCAAUGGCAAAAUAGUGCCCGUUGAGGUCACAUGUUCGCUGCUUGAAAAUGCGAUGAAAAACUCAGGAAAGUCGCGGUUUCUCAUCGACGGAUUUCCCCGCAACCAGGACAAUUUAGAUGGCUGGAACCGCCAAAUGUCCGACAAGACAGAUAUGCAGUUUGUUCUCUUCUUCGAUUGCGCUGAAGACGUGUGCGUGACGCGCUGCUUGGGACGCGGCCAGAGCGGCUCCGGCCGCACCGACGACAACAUGGAUAGCCUGAAGAAGCGUAUACAAACGUACAACAACGACUCGUUACCCAUCAUCAAGUACUUUGAGAAUGCCGGCCAGGUGAAGACCAUUGAUGCCAGCCCCGAUGCAGACAAGGUUUUCCAGCAAGUGGAGCGUGUGUUUGUCUCUAAUGGUUUCCAAUGAAUUUCUAUGCGGA